CAAUAUUGUAGCUGUCAUAACGUCAGUUAUUUGAGUAAGUGUACAUUCGAAAUACAGGAGUUAAUUUAUGUGAGAAACAAAUAUUGACAAUGCGCUUGUGUUACUUGCACACGUACUUCAUCUUAGCGUCUGCCUUUUAUGGAAUAUACAGAGUUUCUUCAUUGCAACAUGGAGAUGUAUGUACAUGCAAUUCACAAAGCCCUUCAUCAAAAACAAGCUCAUCAUCUAUGUCUCCAACUACGGUUCAAAAGCUGACUACUUUGAAAGUAAAAAGUAAUCUUGUAACGGAUACCACUCUACAAGAUACAGCAACAACAAAACCAAAAUCUACAACCAAUAAUGAAUUAUCAACUUCUUUAAUAGAGACAACUACAACAGAAGAAUCGAUUUCUACAACCAAAAAUAACCCAGAUAUUACUGUAUCAGAGGCAACUACAACAACACUGAUUUCUACAACCGAUUAUGAUACAACUACCACUCUACCAGAGACAACUACAACAGGACCGAUUUAUACAACCGAUACUGAAACAACUAUCACUAUUCCAGAGACAACUACAACAGGACCGAUAUAUACAACCGAUACUGAAACAACUUUCACUAUUCCAGAGACAACUACAACAGAACCGAAUUUUACAACCGAUACAGAAACAACUACCACUCUACCAGAAACAACUGCAACAGAACCGAUUUCUACAACCAAUGCUGAAACAACUACCACUCUAUCAGAGAUAACUACAACAGAACCGAUUUCUGCAACCAAUACUGAAUCAACUACCACUCUACCAGGGACAUUUACAGUAGAACCGAUUUCUACAACCGAUACUGAAACAACUACCACUCUACCAGAGACAACUGCAACAGAACCGAUUUCUGCAACCAAUACUGAAUCAACUACCACUCUACCAGGGACAUUUACAGUAGAACCGAUUUCUACAACCGAUACUGAAACAACUACCACUCUACCAGAGACAACUGCAACAGAACCGAUUUCUGCAACCAAUACUGAAUCAACUACCACUCUACCAGGGACAUUUACAGUAGAACCGAUUUCUACAACCGAUACUGAAACAACUACCACUCUACCAGAGACAACUGCAACAGAACUGAUUUCUACAACCGAUACAGGGAAUGUUUCUAAUGGAAACAGCAGAAGAAAGCGGGAAGCAAACACGAUAGAACGAUCUGGUUUCUGGAGGAAUGGGCAUUGUGAUUGCAAUAAUAAUGCAUCAUCAAGUUUUAGUAUUGGUAAUGUGUCCGUCUCCAUACAGCUGCAAUUAUCAUUAAAAAACGCGAAGUUCAAUGAGUCGAUGAAGGUGACAUACGAACUGGAAUUUAAAGACAAGCUUACUCAGUUAUACAAAAAUACGGACAAGUUUCAACGAAUAAACAUAAUAGACGUGAAAAAGGGAAGUAUUGUCUGUGACUAUGAAGUCAUUUGCCAAGGAGACGUAAAUUUCACGGAUAUAAAGAAAACUACAAUUGGCAUAGCAGAUGCAGAUCAUCCUACGAAUUUUACUUUUUGCAAGGAUUGUGCCCUGGCUGUAAAUAGAACGUCUAUCGAACACGCUUUGCAGAACGCGGACCAGAAGAGGACUUCGAAUGCGUGUUCGAAUUGUAUAAUUGGCGAAAUAUGUGUUCUUAAGUUAGACAAAGGUAUUGUUCAGUGUAUUGACCCUUGCAAAACAACUAAUAACGGAGGAUGCAUAAACGAUGGUGUAUGCUACUUUGAGAGACAUACAAAUUCCACAAAAUGCAGAUGCCCUAGUAACGAUGACCGUUUUGUUUACUCUGGGGAACAUUGCGAAAUGACUGUUGAGAAACUGUCCCUGUCGUCAACGUACAUCGCUGCAAUAUCUGGUGGAACAGGGGGAGCAAUUAUCGUAGUAUUGUCAGUGAUCAUUGUUUAUCUAAUCGUAAGAAAACAGAACCAGAAAAAAGCUGACAAAAAUGACAGUAUAAACAUGGAUGAGUUCGGUCGAUCUCUAACAAAAGGCGGCCUGCGUAUGUCUUCCGAUAUGUAUCCGAGAAAACGCGAGGACACAUUAACGGUUGAAGGGAAAGAACACAAGAUCAUCACCGACAGCCGGGGAAACGAGGUGUAUAUGUACCAGCCUGAUCCAGAAGACAUUCGACGACAGCCUUCCUUGCGUGUGACGUCAUCGGAGAGAGACUUCAGCAUACCAAGGAAAAAUAAAUAUGGAUGAGUUCGGUCGAUCUCUAACAAAAGGCGGCCUGCGUUUGUCUUCCGAUAAGUAUCCGGAAAAACGUGAGGACACAUUGACGGUUGAAGGGAAAGAACACAAGAUAAUCAACGACAGCCUGGGAAACGAGGUGUAUAUGUACCAGCCGGAUCCAAACGACAUUCGACGACAUCCUUCCUCGCGUGUGUCGUCAUCGGAGAGAGACUUCAGCAGGCCAAGGACUCCAUCUGUGUAUGACUACAUCGACACCCAAUCAAGGUGUGAGAUUCAACGGCCAAUUCUACGCCCAAAUGUUAACAGAAUAUGAACCACUUAAAAUCAUAUUCCAUAGAAGCAUAAUAUUCAUAGUGCAGGACUACAUUGCAAACAUAGUGUACUUAAAAGUUGUUGAUGAUAUCAUACUUAUGUAUUGAAAACGUAUCACAUUUAAAACUACUGUCAUUGUCUGUCAUAUGUAUUAUCAUCAGGAUUUAUUGUCAAAGUGAACACAUAUCUAAUGAUUAAUAUUGAUGUAGUAAUUAACAGAAAU